UGGGCGCCAGCUCCCUCAGAUAGACACUCCAGGCCGGGCGGCCAGCCUGCCCCGCAAGCCUGAGCCCGCGGGCUCCCACAGGCGCCGUGUUCCCGUCUAGAGGCCGCAGCUGUCCCCCCAGGCGUGUGGCAUGUCCCAGAGGGAGGCCAGAAGGGCACCCGCCACGCCGGGAGUGGGGCAGAAGCCGGCUAAAGCCAGGUUGUGGCUGGCAGCUGGCUCGGGCAGGAAGAGGAGCUGCCUGAGCAGGACGAGGCAGGACCCGUGGGACGAGCCCGGCUGGGGCGACCAAAGGUGGAGCAGAGCUGCCCCCAGCCCAUGCCCACGAGGGGUCAGGGCCCGGAGCCUGGCUCGUGGCCGGAGUGAGGCCAGUCCCAAGAAUGCUGCACGGGAGCGGAGCCGGGUGAGGACACUGCGCCAGGCCUUCCUGGCCCUACAGGCUGCUCUGCCCGCUGUGCCACCCAACACCAAGCUCUCCAAGCUGGAUGUGCUGGUGCUGGCCACCAGCUACAUAGCCCACCUCACCCGCAUGCUGGGCCACGAGUUGCCUGGCCCCGCCUGGCCACCCUUCCUGCGUGGACUCUGCUAUCUACACCCUCUCAAGAAGUGGCCCAUGCGAUCUCGUCUCUAUGCUGGCGGCCUGGGGAGCUCUGGCCUUCACUCUGCCACAGCCACCACCUGCAGCCGAAGAACAAAGGAAACAGAGGCCGGGCCCCAAGUUUCUGAAGAGGCAGACGCUCUCUUUCCCACAAGGCCAUGCUCACCAGCUCUCGGUGACAAAUGAGCAUCACACUUGCCUUUUUCUCCCAGGCUACCACUCAAGCUUAGGGACCUGGAUUCUCUACCAGCCCUGCCCGUCUUCCCUCUGACUCUCAGCCCUCGGACUGGACGGACUCAGGUUCGGCUCCCAGGUUCCAGCACACAGACCAGGCGAAGCAAUGGGCCCUUCAGCAUUGGGAGGGUACUCGGGAGCCACAGGGGAGGUGGAUGCUGUGACAGCUGCAGGGAAGUAGGAGAGGAAGGGGUUUGGCUGGGUGGGAAGCUGAGUUAGGGCACCGCCCUCUGCUUUCUCCCCUAAGCUUCCCACAAACCCUCCGGAUGUGCAGGUGCAGAGGAAGAGGCCUAGGACAACAGAAGCUACGGGUGCUGAUGGGAAAGCCGAGGGCCGGACAGGCUCUGGGCAGCUGCAAGUGGGAACACCAAUGGGCCAGGGUCGCGUAGCCAGAUAGAAACUGAAGUUUGUUAUGGCUUUGUAAGACCUUACCCGGUAUCCAAGAGGCAGGGGAGGAUUCAGGAGCCUUGUCUGCCUUGUGGUCUCUCCAGCCGCUGCUCAUCACUACACGUCCUCCCUCUCCGGGCCCUACACCCUUCCACUCUUUUCUCGAUAUGACUUAUAUUUAUGGGUUAAGCCAGAAAGCUUGCAUUGCUUGCACUCCAGUUUCCAGAGAAACUUUUUGAUGAUCCCAGCUGCCUAGUUUGACAUGUCUUAUCCCAGAGGCAGGCCCACCGGAACUGAAACAGACAGUACCUGAAGGCCUUGCAUCAGAAGGAUACUGAAGGGCCUGAUUACAUCCGUGAAGGACCUUAGAAGGAGAACCCUUAUCUUUUCCAGGGGACGAUAAUUAAUUAGUCUUCUCUUUCCAUUCUGUUAGAAACCGAACCUUCAGGAAAAACAAGAUAGGUCUGCGCUCACUGGGUUCUUUGUAUGAUUUUGGCCUAAGGCCUCACUGGCUCUGGAGUUAUUUCUACAAUCUGUCUACAGAUGAUCUCCCCAGGGGCAGCUCCUGCCCACAGGCACUGCCCGCCUAGCCACUCCUUAAGGCUUGCCAUGGGGUGCCAGAGACCUCGGAGCACUUAGUGGCAUUUCGGGCUCCAAAGAAAUCAUUUGAGGACUAAUCAUAGAGUCUAUACAUGCUAAAAGUAACCUUCCAGAUCAGGUAUAGCAUGAAACCCCACCUGAAGUCCAGACUGAGAAGGAACCAGCUUUUUGUUAAACUUCUGUAACUCAGCAUGAAGGGAUGGACCAGGCUGACUCGAGUCCCAACACGGGCAGCCCUAGAGCCACCAUCGCCACUGUGAGACCAAAGAAGGCUCUGGCAUGAGGAGUCAGUGCUUCUGCACAGGGCUGGACAAGGGCUGACUCAGCAAACUGGGGUGGAGGCAGAAGAAGACACAGAACGUCCCAGCCGCGGGCUGCAUGGGAUGUGGGAGAGCGGCUGAACGGUGGCUGGGAGCCAUGGGAAGAAGGUCUCCGCCAAGGCUGCCCUCGUAAAUCUACCAAGUCUCUACUGAGGGGCCCACUGGGGACGGCUCCUGAGCAGCUGGACGAGGCCAGGCAGGGACAGAGACCAGGUGUGGGUGGGCACGAACACAGUGUUCUUCGCAAGACCAUAAAAGUCCAGCUUGAAUGUUCUAUUUUUAAAACCAAAGAGCAGGAAGUUCCUGGUUGAGUUUGAAAGUGGUGGGCCUAGGAACAGAUGACUGUCCUCCCAGGCUGGCGGCACAGCACACCACCUUUUUCUGGGGAAUGAAAGUGGGCAAGCUGGUUUGGGGCAUCCAGUGGGGGUCCUCUUCUGAUAGCUAAGGAGACUAGUUUGGAGCCGGCCCCACCCUACCCUGCACAGACUCCCACCUUUGCCCAGCGGUAUUGAACGCCCUGGGGGGACCGCAUUACCGUGGUAGAGAAGACAAGGACAGCAGAGGAAGAUGAAGCUGGUGGAAGGCUGGGGAAGGGCAAGUGCAUUCAAUACAAGUUGCUUAGGCUGCCCAAGGCUCUGUCCAGGCAAAGCUGUUUUCCUGCGGGCUCAGGCCAGUCUGGGGUCCAGAGGCUGUGUCCUCCAGCCAGAGAGCACCCAGCACAGGCCAGGCUGCCAAAGGGCUGCGAGAAGCAGGUGGAGUCAAAGGAAGGACCAGGUGACAGAUGGGAAUAACCAGAGGAAAGGUCAGGUCAGAGACCUGCAUCCACCAAGGAAUGGGAACCAGGAGUUCUUUGCCUCUGCAGCAGAGGAAGAAAAACACCUGCUCACUGAAGACUUUUUAUUCCUACCGGGUCUAGGGGCAAGGGGCAGGCAAGAGGGGUCAGAGGCAGGUUAAGACUCAAGUCCAAAGACAGCUUUGGUCCCCUUGGGAACAGGGGACUGUGGGCAAGAAGCUCCAAAAGGAAACAGAAGCCCAGCUGACAAAUGUCACUAAGGUGGCCUAGCUCAAGAGUCAGGAGGACGGGGGCCCACUUGGCCAGCUUGCACUGCCUGCCCAGGUGCCCGUGACCCGAGGUGGCGGGAGAGGCAGUGAUGGCCAGCACAGUUCCCCAGAGUGGGAUGUGUGUCUGCUUCCCGAUGAGCCGCAGAGCUGCAGGGCAAAGGCCUGGGCCAUGGGAGAAGCAGAGCCGGCUGAGGGAUGUCUAAGUAGAAGGUGGAGACUGUGGAUUUUACCAACAGGGAAGGGUAAUUAAAAUACAAGGUCUAGUCUUCUCUGAGAAAUUCCUUUUCUCCUCCUCUGGAAGAGGCCUGACUAGAAUGAAUCCGAUGGCACUGUCCCACUUUUGUGGCACAGGCCCUAAACUCAGGGCCCCUGCAGGUGCCGUGUUGCAGACCAGGAGCUGGCUCAUUGGCCACAGUUUACCAAAUCCAGCCCACCUCCUCCCACCCCUGCAGGUUUUGAUAAGUAAGGUUUUGCGGUGGGGGUGGGGGGUAUGGCCACACCCAUUUGUUUGCAAUGUUACCUAUAGCUGCUUUCCUGAUCCUAUGGCAGAGCUGAAUAGCUGCAACAGAUUAAGCCUAAAAUAUUUCCAAUAUGGCCUUUAAGAAAAAGUAUCCUGACCCUCACUCUAGAUCACCGGCAUUCAGAAUGUGGUCUGGGGACUCUUUUGGGUGCUGAGUGUCCCUGAGGCCCUUUCUAAGUGGCCCAAACCAUUUUCAUAAUACAAUAUGCUAUUUGCCUUUUCUUAACACGUCUCUCAUGCAUCGUGGAAUUUUCCAGAAGCCAUACAACAUGUGAUAUCGCAACAGAUGGGAGGCAGCAGCAGACAGGAGAAUCCAACUGUCUACUGCGACA